ACGUGUUAACCGGAAAUAAAAUAUAUAAUCUAGAUCUAGUCUCGAUCUAGAUCUGUCAUCGAGAACCCUUGCACUAAUGAAUUAAGUCUAAGUUCAACAUUUCAAUACUUAACAACUGUAUAAAGAGCCUGGAACUAGAUUUCUAGAUAUAAUUUUCUAAAGGCUGAUAGUUUGUCAUGCUAACCAAAUUUGAAACUAAGUCAGCCCGAGUGAAAGGGCUAUCCUUUCAUCCAAAGAGGCCCUGGGUUUUAGCAUCCUUACACAAUGGUGUAGUCCAAUUAUGGGACUACCGUAUGUGUACACUUAUAGACAAAUUUGAUGAACAUGAUGGUCCAGUCAGAGGUAUCAAUUUCCAUCAACAGCAACCACUUUUUGUUUCUGGUGGAGAUGAUUACAAAAUAAAGGUUUGGAACUAUAAACAAAGAAGAUGCUUGUUUACACUUCUUGGCCAUUUGGACUAUAUCAGGACAACUUUUUUUCACCAUGAAUACCCAUGGAUUUUAAGUUCAUCUGAUGACCAAACCAUUCGUAUCUGGAAUUGGCAAUCACGGACAUGUAUUAGUGUGUUGACUGGUCAUAGCCAUUAUGUGAUGUGUGCACAGUUUCACCCCUCGGAAGAUAUGGUAGUUUCUGCUUCUUUAGAUCAGACUGUUAGAGUGUGGGACAUCUCUGGUUUGCGGAAAAAAAAUGUUGCGCCAGGGCCAGGAGGUAUUGAAGAUAGAUUAAGAAGCCCAGGUCAAACAGAUUUGUUUGGGACAUCAGAUGCGAUUGUUAAACAUGUGUUAGAAGGCCAUGACAGAGGAGUAAACUGGGCAGCUUUUCACCCAACUCUCCCAUUGAUAGUAUCUGGAGCUGAUGACAGACAAAUAAAGCUUUGGAGAAUGAAUGAAUCUAAAGCUUGGGAGGUGGACACUUGCAGAGGGCACUACAAUAAUGUGUCAUGUUGUUUGUUUCACCCACGUCAAGAGUUAAUUCUUAGCAAUUCAGAAGACAAAAGUAUAAGAGUUUGGGAUAUGAGCAAACGAACUGGAGUGCAAACAUUUAGAAGGGAGCAUGAUAGAUUCUGGGUGAUGGCUGCUCAUCCCUCACUUAAUCUUUUUGCUGCUGGACAUGACGGUGGAAUGAUCAUUUUCAAGCUGGAAAGAGAGCGCCCACCAUUUUCUGUACAUAAUAAUAUUCUGUAUUAUGUUAAAGAAAAGUACUUGAGAAAGUUGGAUUUUACAAAUUCAAAAGAUGUGGCAGUCAUGCAACUAAGAGGCGGUUCUAGGGCUCCUAUCUACUCAAUGUCAUAUAACCCAGCAGAAAAUGCCAUCUUAUUGUGCACUAAAUCAUCAAAUGUUGAAAAUAGCACUUAUGAUCUGUAUGUAGUGCCUAAGGAAUCUGAUUCACAAAAUCCUGAUGCCCCUGAAGGCAAAAGAUCAUCUGGACUAACAUCAGUUUGGGUCGCCAGAAACAGAUUUGCUGUACUAGACAGAACCCAUUCAAUAAUUAUUAAAAACCUAAAAAAUGAGAUCACCAAAAAAGUUCAGGCUCCUAACUGUGAAGAUAUCUUCUAUGCUGGAACUGGAUGUCUUUUGCUUAAAGAAGCAGAUUCUAUCACAUUAUUUGAUGUUCAACAAAAAAGGACUUUAGCAACUGUAAAGAUCUCUAAAGUUAAGUUUGUCAUAUGGUCUAAUGAUAUGUCAACAGUUGCACUGAUCAGCAAGCAUAUUAUCUCAAUUUGUAACAGGAAACUGGAAAACCUUUGCACUAUCCAUGAAAAUAUUAGAAUAAAAUCUGGAUCAUGGGAUGAGAGUGGUGUUUUUGUUUACACUACUUCGAAUCACAUAAAAUAUGCUCUUACUAAUGGUGAUCAUGGGAUCAUUCGCACACUUGACCUUCCCAUCUACAUCACUCGGAUUAAAGGCAACUCAGUUUACUGCCUUGACCGUGAAUGUCGGCCAAGAGUACUCAACAUUGAUCCUACAGAGUUCAAAUUUAAACUUGCUCUAGUUAACAGAAAGUAUGAAGAGGUCCUUCAUAUGGUGCGUAAUGCUAAGCUAGUAGGACAGUCAAUUAUAUCAUACCUUCAAAAGAAAGGCUACCCUGAAGUUGCCCUACAUUUUGUUAAAGAUGAGAAAACUAGAUUUGGCUUGGCUUUAGAAUGUGGCAACAUUGAGGUUGCUCUGGAAGCAGCAAAAGCUUUAGAUGAUGCUGCAUGUUGGGAGAAAUUGGGUGAAGCAGCUUUACUUCAAGGAAAUCAUCAAAUUGUUGAAAUGGCUUAUCAGAAAACCAAGAACUUUGAUAAGCUAUCGUUCUUGUAUCUUAUUACUGGAAAUUUGGAAAAGCUGAGAAAGAUGAUGAAAAUUGCUGAAAUUCGUAAAGAUACAAGUGGUCAUUAUCAAAAUGCCCUGUUGCUUGGAGAUGUCCUUGAGAGAGUAAAGAUUCUGAGAGGUUGUGGUCAAAAAUCAUUAGCCUAUCUAACUGCUGCCACACAUGGACUUGAUGAAGAAGCUGAGGAAUUAAAAUCAGGUUUUAGUGAGGGAGAGAGGAUACCUGAUUUGUAUCCUAAUGCUUCUUUGCUCCAACCACCAGUUCCAAUUACACAACAGGAAUCUAAUUGGCCACUUUUAACUGUUUCCAAGGGUUUCUUUGAAGGAGCUAUGGCAACUAAAGCAGGUAAACACUCAGUGCUGGCAGCUGCUGCCCUUCAUGAUGUUGAUGAUAGUGUUGCUGGUGGUGGCUGGGGUGAUGAUGCUGAUAUAUUAGUUUUAGAUGAAGAAGGUGGUUUAGGAGAUGGGAUGGAUGAUGAAGUAGGCCCCAGUGACAGUGGAUGGGAAGUUGAAGAUUUGGAUUUGCCAGCAGGUUUGGAAGAAGAUAUGGCUGCAACUGGUGCAGGAGAAGAAGGUUUUUUUGUACCACCUACAAAAGGGACUAGCCAAGCUCAGGUAUGGUGCAAUAAUUCUCAACUUCCAGUUGAUCAUGUACUUGCUGGAUCUUUUGAAACUGCAAUGAGGCUCCUUCAUGACCAAAUUGGUGUUGUAAAAUUUGAAGAAUACAAGCAGCUAUUUUUACUAACAUUUAGUCGGUCCAGAACAUGUUUUAUUGGCCUGCCAACUGUUACACCCUUAUUUGGAUAUCCUCAUAGGAACUGGAAAGAUGCUGGACCAAGAAGUGGUGUUCCCGCUGUUGGUCUCAAACUAGCUGCUCUAGUUCAGCAGUUACAAGUUGCUUAUCAGUUAACCACUGCUGGAAAGUUUGGGGAUGCUAUUGACAAGUUCCGCUCAAUUCUUCUAAGUGUACCACUCUUAGUUGUUGAUUCAAAACAAGAAAUUGCUGAGGCUCAGCAACUCAUUGAAAUAUGUAGAGAAUACAUUGUUGGCUUGAGUAUGGAAAAUGCAAGAAAGGAGCUGCCAAAAUCCACACUAGAAGAGCAGAAAAGGCAAUGUGAGAUGGCAGCUUAUUUUACGCACUGUAACCUGCAGCCUGUUCAUCUUAUACUUACUCUAAGAACAGCCCUAAACUUAUUUUUUAAGUUAAAAAACUACAAAACAGCUGCUUCUUUUGCUAGACGACUUCUGGAACUUGGACCUAAACCAGACAUAGCACAACAGACCCGGAAGAUCUUAGCUGCCUGUGAAAAGAAUCCAGCUGAUGAACAAGAUUUAAAAUAUGAUCAACACAAUCCAUUUGAUAUUUGUGCAGCAUCUUUUGUUCCUAUCUAUAGAGGUAAACCAGUUGUUAAAUGUCCUCUUAGUGGUGCUUGCUAUUGCCCAGAAUACAAGGGCCAAGUGUGUAGAGUGACAAAGGUGACAGAGAUUGGUAAGGAUUGCAUAGGACUCCGCAUCAGUCAGAUUCAGUUCCGCUAGUUAUUAUUCUGAUUCAAUAUUUUUCUUUUCUUUUUCCAAUUGAUAAUUUAAAAUGUAAGCAUUAAAAAGGUAUUUUAAAAACUUAAUAAAUCAUAAAUGCUAUGUAUCAAUUGAAUGUGUUUAUUAAUAGAUAUUACAUACAAUUUAUUACAUACUUAAUAUUUAAAAAUGUGUUUAUUAAUAGAUAUUACAUAAAAUUUAUUACAUACUUAAUAUUUAAAAAAAGAAAAGAGUUGAAAAUUCAGCAAAGUAUAAGGUUAAAAAAAAACAAUUAACAAUGCAAAUCUACAUUAUGCACCAGCAUCAAGAUGUAAACUAUUAUUGAUUGUUUUUCAUUUUAAAAAACUAAGCAUUUGUUCAUCAAGGCUUAAACUUCUCUGCCAUACUAUCUCAAUAAGCUGACCUGAUACAUCAGAGUCAUUCUGAAAAAUAAAUUUGAAAUGUUAAAAUUAUCUUUGAAAAGACUAUAUAUUGAAAACGAAUAGUCCUUUUAGUACAUAGUAAUAUAAAUAAGAUUCUAAUUCUAUAUACUCCGUGCCAAAAAGGAUAGAGCUUAUUCCAGUACUAAAAAAAUGAAACCUUGAUUUGUUUAUUUGUAUUUUAUUAGUGUUUAAUCUACAGAUACUCACCUUGCAGAUUACACCGACUAUUAUGGGAUUUAUUUUGUAUAUCAUGUCUAGCUGUCUUUUUAUUGCUUUAACUGUUUUUUGUAGACAGUAUUGCCAGUCUAAAACUGGCUGUGGAAAACAAUUAAACUGAUCUUCACUUUU